AUGACUGAACCAAGUUCCCAUGACAAUCAGCAUGGUUCCAGUCCCUCUGACUUGGAGAAGAGUGAUAUGAAGCAUAUUCAGGGAGAUGAUGUCGGAGCGGUGAUUCUUAAUGGAACGGUUGAACAACUGCAAUUCCAGGAUGGCGAAGACCGAAGCGUUCUUUGGAAGAUUGACAGAUAUUUACUUCCCAUCCUCGCCUUCACUUAUAUGAUCCAGUUCCUCGACAAGUCUUGCAUCUCCUACGCUGCACUUUGGGGCAUGAAAGAGGAUGCUCACCUUGUCAACGACCAAUAUUCCUGGCUCACAACUAUCUUCUAUCUGGGAUACAUGGCGGGGGAGUUCCCUAUCAAUUUUCUCUUCCAGAAAUUUGACAUUGCGCGCACGUGUGGCAUUUUCAUCAUCCUCUGGGGCACGGUUCUUCUUUGUAUGACUGCGGGUCAUGACUUCGCCGGCCUGGCUACGACACGAGUCUUUCUUGGUAUACUGGAAGCUGGAGUGAGUCCAUGCUUUGUCCUUCUAACCGCAAUGUUCUACCGAAGAUCGGAACAGCCUCUGCGAACAUCCAUAUGGUUUUCUAUGAAUGGAGUUGCGAACAUCAUCGGUGGGCUAAUUGCCUAUGGAAUCGGCCAUAUAAAUUCGGCUCUUCCGGCAUGGAAAUACCCAUUCGUAAUCUUUGGCUCUGUGACGAUUCUUUGGGGCAUUGUCUUUGUAGUGGUAACCCCAUCUAAUCCGACCAAGGCUAAGUGGCUCUCAACGAGAGAGAAGGAGGUUGCAACAUUGCGUGUUCUUCAAAACGAAACAGGUAUCGAUAACAAAUCUUUCAAGAUGGAUCAAGUCAAGGAGUCAUUGCUUGACAUUCGAUUCUGGUUGAUCAACCUUCUCUGUCUGGCCAACACUAUUCCUAACGGUGCUGUAUCUGCAUUCGCCCCGCUUAUUGUAAAUGGUUUCGGUUUCUCGAAAUUCAACUCAACUCUUCUCGGCAUGCCAUCAGGUGCCUCACAGGUUCUGGCGUUAUGGAUAUCAGGGUACCUGGCCUCUCGGUUCAACGGUAUACGCCACUUUCUAAUGAUUGGUGGGUUACUGGUUGCUCUCCUCGGAGCAGUCCUGAUCUUUGUCUACCGGACUCCAAUCGCUGGCUAUUAUCUUCUUGUCGGUUUCAGUGCUACUUUCGUCAUUUCCUUGACCUUGCUGCAAUCUAAUGUGGCUGGUCGGACCAAGAAGACGAUUUUUACCUCUGCUUUCUUUGUUAGUUACUGUGUUGGUAACCUGAUUGGGCCUCAACUGUUCUUCGAGCGAGAGGCGCCUCGCUAUCAAUCCGGAUUUGCGUCUAUGAUUGCCUGCUUUGCGGCACAGAUUGUCAUAGUCGGCGUGAUGUACGUGGUUAAUGCCCGAGAGAAUAGAAGACGCGAUCGUCUGAAUGCAAACGUUUCCGAAAAUGAUCAAGCAGCAGUUGUGUCUGUCGGUCUAUCGGAUAUGACUGACGUUCAAAAUCUACACUUCCGAUAUGUCUUGUAG